AUGGAGAGAACAUUGCUCUCUGAAAAUCUUUGCUAUUUCUUAUGGGACUUGAAAAAUCUUUCUCAGUCGGAAAUCAUAGAUGCAACUAGUAGUAUAGCAACAGCUAUCAAGUACAGUAGUUUUGUGUUGUCUGUGCUUACUUGUGUCUUCGGAUUAGUGGGCAAUGCUAUUGUCAUCUUGGUUACUGGGUUCAUAAUGAAGGAAAAAAGGUCAAGAAUCUGGUUUUUGAACUUGGCCAUAGCAGAUUUCCUAUUUUUGUUGUUUUUGCCGAUUGGUGCAAUUUCUUUAUUAAAUGGCAACUGGCCAUUUGGAUCACAUCUAUGUAAAGCAUAUCAUUUUUUAUCCAACGUGAAUAUGUAUGCAAGUAUUUUCAUCAUUAUUGCUCUAAAUAUAGAUCGUGUCCUUUCAGUUGCUAAACCAAUAUGGCAUCUCAAGUUCCUGUCUCCAAAAUUGUGUUACUUUACUUGUAUUCUUAUUUGGAUAAUAACCGCUCUAUGUAGUCUUCCAGCAGCUCUUUACAGCAAUGAAUAUAGUUUUGGUGAAGGAACGCAGUGCCUUAUGGGCUAUAAUGGAUACAGUAAUAAGGAAAUGAAUAUCACUGCAGAAAGAAAUAGUGAUCAAAUUAUGAAACUGGCCAAGAAGUUGUUUUUUAGGCAUGAAGAACGCAAAAAGAGAAAUGUUGACCAUCAUAAUUCUGUAAACGAUGAGGAUUUCAUGAGCAAUACAACACAAUUGUACACUAUAAGUAUUAAAAAAAACAAUUUUAUGGAGAUUAAAAAUAAUAUCACUUAUAUAGUAAUAUCAGAAACCAUAAAGGAUUUAGCUAUCAAUGUCUUUUUUACUCUUGCACAUGACAAUAUUAAGUUACUUCCAGACCAGCGAGAUCAAUGUGAAGGCAAUGAGUGUUGUGCUAAUGAAAAGGAUUUAACGAAAUGGAACCAGAUGUUGUUAAUCACAGAGAGUCUUGCGAUACCUCUAACAAUUAUUGGUUUCUUUGUUCCUCUUUUUGUUAUACUGUUUUCCAAUGUAAUAAUUGCUAUAAAUGUAAGGAACUCAAGGACUGUAAAACCUUCAAGAUUGUACAGGAUUGUUGUUACAGUGGUUUUGGUUUAUUUCCUAACGUGGACACCACUGGUCAUAGCACAGAUUAUUUCCCUAGCUGCUGCACGUAAUAUGAAAUUUUCACUUUUCCUUAAGAUCAAUAUGAUUUUGCCCUUACUAUCCAGCAUAGCCUACACCAACAGUUGCUUAAACCCUAUUGUGUAUGUGCUAGUUGGCAAAAAUGUAAAGAAUUCAAUUACAGACUCUAUGAAAAACAUAAGACUAAGCAUGUCAAGGAAUUCACUCAAAACAACACAGAAGAAAAACUGA